AGUUCAAACCACGCUGCUAGUAUUACUGAUCCGAAGGGCUCCCUCUGUCUCCCAUGUCGGCGCGGCCACUCCCCCGCCGCCGCCGCCGCCUUCGUCGCCGCGGCGCUCUCGUCCUGUCCUGAGGAUCCUUCCGGAGAUGGUCCUGCCGCGGCGGCGGGUCGGCGGCCACGCACACCAACACCACCGGAACCCUUGCGCGUGCCCGUGCCCGCGCCGCGCCGCUCUGCCGGCGGCGGCGGCGGCGCUCCUGCUGCUCUUCCUCGUCGCCGCCGUCGCGCUGCUCGGCGUUGCCCCGCCACCGCUCUCCGACCACCCGGCCCUCGCCUCCUCCCGCCGCCGCCCCCUGCUCAACAGCUCCGGUGGCGGCGGCAGCCUAGCGGUGGAGCCCGAGCGCCGCGAGAUUUCCAAAAGCGUUCCGGGAGGUGGAUGGACUGCGGCAGAUGACCUAUGGGGUUCGAAGCUUGCCAGCAAAUUCUAUGGGUGCAGCAACUCAAGUAGCAAGUUCCCUGAUUCGAGUAAUGUAACACAGCCAGACCGUUAUUUGAUGAUUGUUACAAGUGGAGGCCUCAAUCAACAGAGAACAGGGAUAAUUGAUGCUGUUGUUGCUGCACGCAUUUUAAAUGCGACACUUGUCGUUCCCAAACUGGAUCAGACCUCCUUCUGGAAAGAUGCAAGCGAUUUUGCUGAAAUUUUUGACGUUGACUGGUUCAUCACAUCUCUGUCAAAGGAUGUAAGGAUCGUGAAAGAGCUUCCAAAGAUAGGCGGUAAAGUGCGGACUCCUCAUAGAAUGCGUGUGCCCCGAAAAUGUACUCAGCGAUGUUACUUGAACCGUGUGUUGCCUGCACUUAUUAAGAGACAUGUUGUUCGACUAACAAAAUUUGAUUAUAGGCUAGCAAACAGGUUGGACUCUGACCUGCAGAAGCUGAGAUGCAGAGUAAACUACCAUGCAUUGAGAUUUACUGACCCAAUAGAAGAGAUGGGUGAAAAGAUAAUACGGAGAAUGAGGGAGAGGAGCACGUAUUUUAUUGCUCUUCAUUUAAGAUUCGAAUCUGACAUGCUUGCCUUUUCGGGGUGCUAUUACGGCGGUGGUGAAAAAGAGAAGAGAGAACUUGGUGCGAUACGGAAGAGAUGGAAAACCUUGCAUGCUAGCAUCCCAGAAAAAGAAAGAAGACACGGUAGAUGCCCACUAACUCCUGAAGAGGUGGGGCUGAUGUUGAAGGCACUGGGCUACAGAAAUAAUGUUCACAUUUACGUUGCUUCUGGAGAGAUAUAUGGUGGGGCAAGGUCAUUAGCACCCUUGAAAGCACUCUUCCCCAAUCUCCAUACCAAAGAAACAAUAGCAAGCAAAGAUGAGUUGGCUCCAUUCUCUAAAUACUCGUCUCGCAUGGCUGCACUUGAUUUCAUUGUCUGUGAUGGAAGUGAUGCCUUUGUGACUAACAACAAUGGUAACAUGGCCAAAAUUUUGGCUGGGAGAAGGAGAUAUCUUGGUCAUAAGAGAACGAUCCGACCAAACGCUAAAAGGCUCUAUUCCUUAUUCUUGACCAGAGGAAACAUGUCUUGGGAUGCAUUCUCCUCCAAAGUGCACAUGUUCCAGAAAGGAUUCAUGGGAGAGCCCAAGGAGCUCAGGCCUGGAAGGGGGGAGUUCCAUGAGAACCCCUCGACAUGUAUAUGUGAAAAGACCGACCACAAAACCAUAACCAAAUCUAACCCUCAAAACGAGCAAGGCUCGAGCAAUGGCACCGAGGGAGGCAAAGCCAUCAGUGAGCCCACAGUUCCUAAUCACACUGAAGAAGGGCUAGGAGGAUCGGACGGGGAAGACGACGACGGCGCUCCUGCAGAGAAAGAGGCGAUGUUGGACACUGAGGUGGAGGACGACGACACAUUGGUCAGACCAGACGAUCCUGAGCUGGAGGAGGCUCUUUCAGAUUAGAUAGGUUACCCAGGCAGGCCGUAGAUGUUCGCCAGCCAAAUUUUUUUGGUGAGCAACUGAUGAACUUUUGCUCCUCGAAGUUGUACAUAUUUUCUGCCGUGUAAAAUGUGUAUCCUAGUCCAGUGUCAUGCAAUGGCGGCUGUUGUCUGUUGACCACUUUGUAACUCUUGAGCUUGUAGCUGUAGCAUGUGCCCAUGUCUGAGAACUCUGUUCAUCGUUUUCUGCGACUCUUC